GACUCAGAUGGUUUAGGAGUUUCAUGGGAAUUGAUACGUGAAUUUAACACAUCCAAUUUAUUCCUAUUAUCAUAUUUUGAUGCCGCUUUCUUGAUAAUAGCCUUCAUUGACCCUGUAUACCCUGAUUUAAUCUAUCAAGAUAC